CAGGGUAGGAGCCCGAGUUGACGAAGGGGGGGGGGGCAGCCAAAGUUUCGGAGCACUGCUUCACAAUUCUUAACUGCAGUGGUGGUGGCGGCGCUCGCCAAUUCUGAUGCUUCCCCAGCGAAGCGGUCGUGCGCAAACGACCUCGCUUGGGGAUUUUAUGAAACCGGUCGCCUGUGCUCGGAGCUGGAUGCUGACGGCGGGGACGCUCGUCGAUGUGACGAGGGUUUGUGAAGAAGCGUGCUCAUCCAAACCGCACCGUGGCACCGUGAACUUAUCACCCGUAAAGGCGCCCGUGCAGCAGUGAGCAUCAGCGGCGUGCGGGUGCCGUGAGGUGGUGGUGGCGGCAAAGUGAUGGGUGCCCUAGCAUGUGCUCUUUUGCUGGCUGCGCUGGUGCCUGUGACGGAGAGCGGGGCGCUGCCUGCAAAAUUCUACCUGAAAAGGCACGUGGCCGGCGUCUUUCACUAUGACCAGGGCCGCCGUUACUCGCUGAGCUUCCCCGAGGCACGGCGCGCGUGCGCCGAGGUGUUUGGGGCGGCGCUGGCGUCUCGCCAACAGCUGGCGACCGCCAUGCGCGCCGGCAUGGAGGACUGCCGCGCCGGUUGGCUGGCGGCGCGCGAGGUGGCCUACCCGAGGAUCCACGCCACGUGGCGCUGCGGGCAGCACCGCACCGGAAUCAUCUCGUACGGCGUGCGCAACGCGAGCACCGAGAGGUGGGACGUGUUCUGCUACGGCUUUGGCGACGGCGGCGUGGCCGUCGCAUCGACCGCCACGACAGGGCACGCGUCGACAGCUAAAAGCGUCAGCGACGUGAGCUCGCGGCCGGACAACGUGCCGGCCAGGAGCUCUCCGGCGUCAAUAGUGAUAUCACGAGGGGCAGAACGACCUGUGGCGAAGACGAGAGCGUCCCUUGUGACAGAAACAUUGCUCGGGACAAGAUCUUUUCUGGAAACGCAAGUGUUGCAAGAGAACGGACCAUCACUGAAUGCUGGGCCAUCGCCAGUGGCAGGACCUUCACCGGGGAAAGGAAUGCCAUCUUCACCAUCACGAGAAGCAGAACCAUCUCCAGAAGUGGAGACUUCUACAGAGGCAGGACCGUCACGGCAGAUGACAAUGCCGCUGUCGCCAAGAUCACCGGAGGUAGAAUCAUUACUGGAGACAAGACCGUCACCAAGGGCAGGACCAUCACCGGGAUUAUCACUGGGACCAUCACUAUUGACAGAACCAUCACUUUUGACAGAAUCAUUAACUGUGACAGAACCAUCGAUAGAGACAGAACGAUCACUAUUGACAGAACGAUCACUAUUGACAGAACCAUCACUAUUGACAGAACGAUCACUAUUGACAGAACCAUCACUAUUGACAGAACCAUCACUAUUGACAGAACGAUCACUAUUGACAGAACCAUCACUAUUGACAGAACCAUCACUAUUGACAGAACCAUCACUAUUGACAGAACCAUCGAUAGAGACAGAACGAUCACUAUUGACAGAACCAUCACUAUUGACAGAACGAUCACUAUUGACAGAACCAUCACUAUUGACAGAACGAUCACUAUUGACAGAACCAUCACUAUUGACAGAACGAUCACUAUUGACAGAACCUUCACUUAAGACAGAACCACUACUGUUGACAGAAUCGUUGCUUGAGACAGAACCAUCACUAUCAACAGAACCUUUGAUCGGGACAGAAUCAUCGCUUGUGACAGAACCACUACUAUUGGCAGAACCAUCACUGUUGACAGAAACAUCGAUUAUGACAAAAUCAUUACUUGUAAUAGAACCUUCAGUCUUGACAGAAUCAUCGCUUGUGACAGAACCAUCGCUAUUGGCAGAACCAAUGCUAGAGACACAACCAUCAGUGCUGACAGAACCAUCGCUUGUGAAAGAACCAUCGCUGUUGGCAGAACCUUUAAUCAUGACAGAAUCAUCGCUUGUGACAGAACCAUCACUAUUGGCAAAACCUUCAAUCGUGACAGAAUUAUCGUUUGUGACAGAACCAUCGCUAUUGACAGAACCAAUGCUAGAGACACAACCAUCAGUGCUGACAGAACCAUCACUUGUGAAAGAACCAUCGCUAUUGGCAGAACCUUUCAUCGUGACAGAAUCAUCGUUUGUGACAGAACCAUCGCUAUUGGCAGAACCAAUGCUGAAGAAACAACCAUCAGUGCUGACAGAACUAUCGCUUGUGACAGAAUCAUUGCUGGAGACAGUAACGUUCCUGCCCCGAGUGAUGGUUCUGCCUCCAGGCAUUGUACCAAAGCCUAAGGAUGCCAUCCCCUACACUUCGCCCAUGCUCGCGGGAGCUGAGCAGGUGAUCGCAGAGUCACUGCCGCCGGUCCACACUGCGGUUGAUCCGCAGCCCCGACUCGCCACGAUCAAGCGAGCAAUGAAAACCGUUGUGAAAUCCAGUAGGCCCGAGACGUUCGCAAAUCGCAAACCGUCAGCGGCAACGACUGAGCCGCUCAGCCCAGAGAGCCCUGCCACCAGCGUGCAGGCCCCGGCCCAAUUCUCACAGGAUCUGACCGUGACCGUCGACUCAGAUUUACGCGCGUUCACUGCACCGGGAGAUGUUCGGGAGGAAGCGAGAUUGUUCUCGAGUGGCGACGAGCAGGGCCACGGUAAUUCUGUCCCGAUCGUCGACCGAACCUCGACGACCUCGGAAACGUUAGCGCAGCGAUCGCACAAUCCGCCCGGACCUCCGCACCCGACGCGAGGGCAGAGUUCGAGGGUCGUGCACGCUUCUCAAUGCUGCGCCACAACUGGGGCCACGAGAAAAAGUUCUUCAGUCACAAUGGUAGCCUCUCCAGAUGCUGAUGGGCAAAGUGGAGCUGCUGCUGCUGGUAUUCCCCUUGCUCGAAAAUUAGAGGAUGUAUGGGGUCAAGAAAUGCCUGAUCCCGAAACCACUACGGUCACGGUGCCCACAACUAACAAAUUGAAUGAAAUCUACAAAGUUCCGCCCACGUCACCCUUUUCUGCAUCGCACGCAGAUUUGCAAGCGGCGCGGGAUGUCGUGGCCACUGAGCAGAGGCGGAGGCCCCCGGUGCCUUCGUUUACCAGUGGAGAUGCGGCGCCUCUCGCGCAGCCUUCGUCGGCUGAGCAUCGCGGUGUAGCAGCUGCUGCUGCUUCUGCCACAACAAAGAGCGAGGAGACGUCACAAAUCCUUUGGGGAACCGCUCGCGAAAUCACACGAGCAGCUGCCAGUGAUCACGAAAAGCUGCGCUUGUCUUUUUUGGACGCUGUCAAAACGAACAAGGUCGGAGCGGCACGCAUGGCCGCCACGCCGUCACGGACAGCGGCGCCCGUUCAGGUCAAACACCCAGGAGGGCCCGGAGGAAGGGCCUCGAUUGACGAGGUCACCCACGCACACGACGAGGUUCAUUUGACAGCGGGUGUCGUCGAGUCCAGACUUGGGCUAAGUGAUGGAGCAAAAGAUUCUAAGCCGACGCAGUCAAUUCAGUUGUUAAUUACCUCUUAUGGCCAUGAGCAUUUAACGUCACUUCAAGCACACCCCACUGUGCCUGCUCGUGUCACGGGAGGUCAUUUGAUGUCUGCUUUGUUCAGGCCUGGGAGGCUCGCGUGGCAGGACGUCAGAAGUGACACAGCGCCCCGCAGUACUGUACCUUCGUCUGAGCCCAAAGCCUCUCGGCUGUCUGUCAUCGACAGCCACGGCAACAUUUCCAAAACAUUUGCGCGGGCGCCGACCACGCUGCCGUGGGCGGGUCGCCGCGCGACCCCACAAACAGCGGCGCAAGAAAAACUACAGCCGACUGACAGCAGUGAGACCGCGUCGACCCCGGACACCCGUGCACAAACGCCGUGUCCAACGGUGACGCCGCCCACGCGAGCAAAGGACGGCAAGGCGCCACAUUCUGCGCAGAAACACGCCGACGAUAAAACGUCUCUCGGGGCGGCAUCACUGAGCGCCGGCACCGCGGCCGCACGUUUACGCGUGCGGCCGUCCCCUCGUCCCGCGCAACGGGCGAGCUCGCGUCCCAUAACAACAGCAGCUGCUGCUCCCUCGCGGGCUGAUGAGGAGGCAACGCGACUCGAGACCGACGGCCCUCGGGGCAACGUGAAUUAUUCAGGCGGAUCGAAAGUUUGGGCUGCGCCAAGGCACGACGCGACGGCUCGCGUUUCGCCGCUCGGCUCCGUCCCGCAGGUGCAGGCGCAAGCGGUCACGAGGAAUGAACACGACAGCGUCGUGACCCCGAUGGUGGUGGCACUGACACCCGGCCUGACAGCUUCGGCCGGUCCCACUUAUGGUGGAGCAUCGCAGACCACACUCCACCAGAUUGCAGUCGCAAUAGAAAACAGUAAUUCUGAUGUUAUGGACCGCAUGGACAGUUCGAUCAGUGUUGAUAUGCCUGGGCUGCUCACAGGGUCUCUCCCUACACGCAUGGAGGAAAGUGUUUUCCAUGAGCUAUCUGAAAAACCAGAAAACCCUCAGGAUACUACCCAACCAAGUCUCUCUGAGCAGCAUUUAAACACACAGCCUCCAGAUAUGCCUGAAUUGCGGACACCAAUUGCGGUGUCACAGGAAACGCCAGAAUUCACCUCCAAACCCACUCUACAUUUACAGCCGCAUUUGAAUCGAGCGGUGAGCAGCAGUCUCUCAAGAACUCGCACCAAACUCGACCUAAUCGCCACUUCCACGGCAGAAAUUCAUGUCGCGUCCCACGGGAAGCCGUCUGUAACGAGCCCGUCCGGCCCGCCGAUCGCAGGAGAACUCGGCACCACCGCUCGGCAAAGCACAACUGAGCUCACGAGCCGCCGGCCGCACGGCACACAGCACGCCGCUGCCGUCUCGCGCCCAGCAACGGACGCCGAUAAAUUAAUUUCAAGCACAUCUGGAGCGGAGCUCCGCUGGGAGUCUAGCACUAAUCUCGGAGGUGGCACACAGACCCCCGCCUUGCCGGCGCCGACGGACUCGUCCCGGGGGCAUCCAGAGCCUCCGCUGGGCAGCACCGCGGAGCCACCGCCUGACGGUCCCGAGCCACUCACCAUCGACACAUGUGGCGGCGUGCUGGCCUGGACGCGGGCCGGCGAGAUCCGCAGUCCGGGGUUUCCGCGCGCCUACCCAAGCGGCGCCGACUGCACGUGGGAGGUGCGGGCGCCGCCGGAGUUCACGCUGCGCUUGGCCGUGCAGGCGUUGGGUCUGGAGGAGAGGCGCCACUGCGACUACGACUCGCUCGGCGUUUACGACGGCACGGGGGCCGGCAGGAGGCUCCUUGGGAGGUUCUGUGGCUUCAAGCUGCCGCUCCCGCUGCUCAGCUCGGGGAACUCUCUGACCCUCGUGCUCAAGUCAGACGCCUCCGUGGAGCACGAGGGCUUCUCGGCCAAGCUCACCCUCGUGAAACGGGCGAGGCCGGCCGUGCUGGAGUCGUGCGCCGCGCUCAGGGAGGCCGGCGUGCUGCUGUCCGGGAGGUACACCGUGGACCCGGACGGGCCCAGUGGCAAGGCGGCGCCGUUCGAGGUGUUCUGUGACAUGACCUCCGACCCCGCCUCAGGGGUCACCGAGGUCGGCCACGAUAGUGAGGCGCGCAUACGCGUGUCCCCGUGCGAGGAGGCCGGCUGCUACCGGCGCGACGUUCGCUACGACGCCAAGUUCCACCAGAUCCGAGCACUCGUCGCCGUCUCCAGCGACUGCGAGCAGCACGUCACGCUCCACUGUCGCCACAUCCGCUUCCUGGGGGCCGGCUGGGGAUGGUGGGUGUCGUGGGACGGACGGAGAAUGUUCCACUGGGGAGGGGCCGAGCCGGGCAGCGGGAAGUGUGCGUGCGGCAUGACCGACUCAUGUUAUGCCCCCGGCAAGCCGUGCAACUGCGACGCCAACGACCACAUCUGGCGCGGGGACGAGGGCCUGCUGACGUCGCGGGCCGCGCUGCCGCUGCGCGCGCUUCACCUGGGAGACACGCGGGACGCGCCGCUCGAGAUGGCCUACCACACCAUUGGCAAGCUGCGGUGCCGCGGCAGGGCCGAUCCUGUCGGGGGCCUGUAGACUUUGCCCGGAAUCAGAAAAAAACUCGCCAGCUGUCUGCACAAGUGGACGUUGACAAGUGACGUGCUGUCACGCACGCAUUCCGAAUACAAUAGACUGUCAAUGCAAGGACUGUUAGCGAGCACCUAUUAUACAGGUUGGUAUGGUGCACAAGGGGCCAGCACCACGCCCGGCUGCCUUUGUUUCUCCCACGCAGGUGGAACACACGGACACACACAACACAUGGACACACACAACACACGCAUGUCUCUAGCUCCACCGACAGUGGCUUUUACUGCACUGAGUGCAAUGCAAAUAGCAUUCAGUAUUGGAAAACCGUCAUUCAAAUGCACGUAAUAAAUCCGGACACAACAUAUGCUGAAAGGGGAAAAUACACAAACCCUGCAUCGAAUUCACGCAAGAAAAUGAUCAGCUGUUUUGUUCAUUUCUUAACAGUGUCAUCAUUCAUUUUAUGAGCUUGUACCCCCCUCCAACCAAAAAAGACAUGAGCCGAUAUUUAUUUGUCUUGUGCAGUUUUAUUCAGAGAGUUUGUAUGCACCACUUUACUUACAGUGGUUUUUGUUGUUGUGUAACUGCGAGCAAUAAACAGAUAAAAAUAAA